CUUAGCACUGAUGAUUAAAAUGGUAAAAUUUAUAUCAAGUAUAUUUUAACCACAAUAAAUAAUAGAAGAAAGAAUAUUUUUAUGAUCAUCGACUAGUUCAUAAAUAUGGAACAAGAGAGAAGAUAUUUUCAUAACAAAGUAGUGAACCAGGUCAUACUUGGAACACAUACUUAAAGAAGGAUGACAGCAGUGACCCCAGACUUACUGAGAUGUUUAAGACCAUGCUACUAAAAAUGCGUUGCCUGCGUCUCCGUAUGAGGCGGAGACUUUGGAAGCCUUGCAGUCCUGUGCACUCCCGUUUACCCCUUUGAUUCCCGCUUUAAAAAAAGAAAAAAAAAUUUUUACUUUGAAAAAAAUCUCAAGCCUACAGAAAAGUUGUAGGCCUACAACAGUGGGCACGGCCUCAUUUCCCCUGGAGCAGGUGAAUGUGGAAGGCUUUGCUAUGGCUUCUGCACCAUCCUGCCCAAUGGAGAGCCCUGGCUGUUGUCCCCUGGAGGUGGUGUCUGGGUGCAGGAGCCGGUGUGGCACGUUGAGGAUGAGCCCAGUCCCUGCCUGCAGAAUGGCCCCUGGACUAUGGUACUGGGUGCUUCUCUUGCUUAAAUGCUUUUGACCCCUUACUGUCAUGCAACCUAUGUGCCCGUCUGCUUUUCCUGCCAGAAUUUACCCCACGCAGGAGCUCAGUCAGUCAUCACAGUACCCAUGGGAGUUAGCACCUUGGCCUCUUUCACAGGUAAGGAGGCAGGGGACUGACAAGAAUGGUGACAGCUUCUUAGUGAAGUCAGGACUUAAAUUCAGAACCGCUGGCUUUAAGUUCCAAACCAGCUAUGCUGUAAAUAGAGGGGUAGAGCAGGAGGGUAUGAUGCAGAGGGGUCAAGUGUGGCAGGGAAGAGAGGAAUGGGGUCAGGCAGGUCAGGGAGGGAGGGGGCGAUCGGAACUACUCAGCAUGUUUCACCCUAAGUGGUGCUGUUAUCUUUCUUGACAGGUAAGAAGCUUGUUACAGAUAAACUCACAAGAAGGCAGCCUGCCCAAAUUGACUUUCAGAGAUUAUGUGGCCUUCCCCCUGCUGGUGACCAGAACCAUACAAAGUAGAGAAUGAAGACAUUCAAAUGCUGUUUUAAAUACCCAGCACAGCAGAAAGUUUUCGUCUUAUUUUUAACUCUAUGGCUGUUCUCCCUGUUGAAGCUUCUAAAUGUGAGGAGACUCCUCUUCCCUCAAAGAGGCAUUUACUUGGUUGAAUACUCCCUGAGUACCUCACCUUUUGUAAGAAACAGAUACACCAAUGUUAAGAAUGAAAUCAGGUAUGAAGUUAACUGUUCAGGUGUCUAUGAACAGGCACCUUUGGAAAUUGGCAAGAGUCUGGAAAUAAGAAGGAGAGAAAUCAUCGACUUGGAUGAUGAGGAUGUCGUGGCAAUAACCAGUGAUUGUGACAUUUAUCAGACCCUAAGAAGGUACCAUCAAAAGCCUGUUUCAAGGGAGGAGAAAAGCUUCCCGAUAGCCUAUUCUUUGGUUGUUCAUAAAGACGCAAUUAUGGUUGAAAGACUAAUCCAUGCUAUAUACAACGAGCACAAUAUUUACUGCAUCCAUUAUGACUAUAAGUCACCUGGUACCUUCAAAGUUGCCAUGAACAAUUUAGCUAAGUGCUUCUCCAAUGUUUUCAUUGCCUCCAAAAUAGAGACAGUACAAUAUGCACACAUUUCCAGACUCCAAGCUGAUUUAAAUUGCCUGUCAGACCUCCUGAAGUCUUCGGUUCAGUGGAAAUAUGUUAUCAAUCUGUGUGGGCAAGAUUUUCCUUUGAAGUCAAACUUCGAAUUAGUGUCAGAGCUGAAGAAACUCAAUGGGGCAAAUAUGUUAGAAACGGUAAAACCCCCUAACAGUAAAAUGGAAAGAUUCACUUACCACCAUGAACUAAGACAGGUGCCUUAUGAAUAUGUGAAGCUACCAAUAAGGACAAACAUCUCCAAGGAAGCCCCCCCUCAUAACAUUGAGAUAUUUGUUGGAAGUGCUUAUUUUGUUUUAAGUCGAGCGUUUGUUAAAUAUAUUUUCAACAACUCCCUCGUUAAGGACUUUUUUGCCUGGUCUAAAGAUACGUACUCACCUGAUGAACAUUUUUGGGCUACCUUAAUUCGGGUACCAGGAAUCCCUGGGGAGAUUUCUAGGUCAGCCCAGGACGUGUCUGACUUACAGAGUAAGACCCGCCUUGUCAAAUGGAAUUAUCAUGAAGGCCUUUUGUAUCCCCGUUGUACUGGCUCCCACCUUCGAAGUGUGUGUAUCUACGGAGCAGCAGAAUUAAGGUGGCUUAUAAAUGAUGGACAUUGGUUUGCUAAUAAAUUUGAUUCUAAGGUGGACCCUGUCUUGAUUAAAUGCCUGGCAGAGAAGCUUGAAGAACAGCAGAGAGAAUGGAUUACUUUGUCUUCAAAAAAGUUAUUCAUGGCUAAAAGUCCCAUAAUCACAUCAUGAUAAAAUCAUGACAGAAAGAAGCUAUCUGAUAAAUGGAGCCAAUAUGGAACUGUAUGCUAUACUAUGCCCACUACCAUGUGAGCUUAACCUUCUCAUAGUUGGAGUGGUGUCCAAAAUGCCACACAUAAGGCAAAAUGACCUAGGCUUUGAUGACAGUAAGACUGCACUUGGUCGGGUGAUUUUUAUGUUUGUUUUUCCUUGUAAUCUUAUGGAGCUACAUCAGAGAUUGAGUUAUAUGAUGCCCUCAAGGCUUACCCUAAUCACACUUAUACUUUAAGUUUUCCACAUAGCCAUCAGGAUUCUACCGAAAAGGUGUUGGCGUGUGCGAUAAUCACAUAACUUUUUAAACCCCCAGUUUCAGAAGGCUGUUUAAGUAUAGUGACCAACUCUCCUCUUGUCUCUUAAUUCAGCUCCCUAGACUUUUCUUAACCUUUAGAAUAUUACAUGGAGAGGGGCACCUGGGUAGCUCAGUUGGUUGAGCGUCUGACUUUGGCUCAGGUCAAGAUCUCAUGGUUGGUUCAUGGGUUUGAACCCCUCUGUCAGUGCAGAGCCUGCUUGGGAUUCUCUCUCUCCCUCCCUCUGUCUCCCUGUCUCUCUGCCCCCUGCUCUGCUCAUGCUCUCUCUCUCAAAAAUAAAAAAAAUUAAAAUUAAAAAAAAAAAAAGAAUAUUAGAAGGAGAAACCACUACCUCAGGAAAGCUCAAAGAAUGUCCAGUUUCCUGUUUGCCAAAGCAUAAUUUACCUAUUAGAGCCUCACUCUUUCAAUUCGGAGUCACAAGACUCUGUCAGUGGGGCAUUUAUAGUGUAUGAAUGUUGGGGAGGUUGGGGGGUGGGGAGGGGAUUGGGACAGGUGGUGCCUAAAGAGAAACAAAGGGAUUUGCAGGAUUUUUGCAUCAUCGUACACAACGAUUUCAUGAAUGGUCUCCUUUUUUGAGUUCAAUUAUUUCUUUAAAACACAUUUAUUGAUGAAAAAUAAGAACUUGUUAGUAGUUCUAAAUGUCACACUCCUGAACGUUAAACCUAAGUCUUCUAGUUCAUAGAUUAUCAUUAAAAGUAGGGUUUUUUUUUUUUUACAGUGGAAUUGUUAUAAUUUUGUUUUAUGGAACCAUUAAGCUAAGAGCCACUGAAUUUUCUCAAAAAGAUUGUAUAAAAUAUGACAGCUUUCUACAUUAACUAUUAUGGUCAUUUAAAAUUCUUGCUUACAUCUCCAGUAACUAUCCAAAUAGAAUCUAGACUUAAAUGAUAAAACCUCUAAGUUCACUGAAGUCUUCUCAGCUUAGAUACAGAGAGAGAAAAAGUUAAUUUUCUUAAGGACAUAGCAAGAAUUUUCACUAAUGGUAUUUUGUAAAACCUACUCCUUAGAAAACUACCACAACGAAUCAAAUAUACAUCUAUCUCAAUGUAGCUUUGUUGUGCUUGAGUUGAAAUGGGACGGGAGCAGAGUCCUGAGAACAGGCUGUAAUAUUUUUACGUCUCUUGGGAAAUCAUGGAGCUCAUGUAAAAAUUUCUUCCUGAUCUUAUGUUUCAAUGUCGGCCGCAGAAUCUAUGUAUUUAAAUAUUUUCUAAAAUGUCUGUGUUCUCCAUGUGAAAUGCACUUUGCUUGUUUUCAAGUAUAUGAUACUGACUGCCAAGCGGGAUCACUAUUCUCCCUUUCUUCUUCUCUGGAACUCAUUUUUUUUCCUCCCCCCCCCCCCCCCCGCCCCACUCCAAAUUACUUCAUUCUUCAGAAAACUGUGACCAAGCCCCUGUUCUUAAAAAUAAGUCACCCUUGGACAGAGCUAAGUUCUGCAGAAGAUACUUAACCAUUUGUUAGCAUGUGUGACUGUGACAAGCUAAGUCACUUUCUAUGAGCCUCAGGUUUCCUGAUCUUUAAAGUGAACACUUGGAUGCUUACCCUGACUUCCUCACACAUGUGUGUGUGUGUGUGUGUGUGUGUGUGUGUGUGUUUAUGUGAAUCAACUGAAAUAUGUGAACUGGUUUGAAAAUGGAGACAAACUAUUGACAAUAAAUAUCAGAGAGUAGUCUUAUUACAAGGCAAAACAGAGAUCCAACCCCAUUGUGAAACUUAACCCUUUACCUUUUCUGGAAAACCGCUGAAAUAUAAAAGAAGCCACAUUUGCAGGAGCAACUUCUGUAAAUGAAUCCAGGUACAAAGAAACCCCUGUCACCACAUCUGGGGUUCUUUUUAAGCCAAUAUAAUUAGCAGAUUGAUCCCGUGUCUUGGAUUGAGGUUAGGGGUAGAAAUGUUUUUCCUACCUUCUAGUCUUAAAUACACAAGUUCUCACAGAUAGCUUGGUUUUUAUGGCUUUGGUCAUCAGAAUAAAUGUAAAGGCUGAAAACUCGAUCUCCUUGUCCCGUGUCUUGCCUCUUGGUGACAAAUGAUUCUAUCCCCUGUUUAUUGGGAAAUUUUCCAGUUGUUAAUCACUUUCACACCAUAUCCACAUGAAACAUGCCACCACAAAGAGAUGACAGCACCUUGUUUUCCCCAGUGACACAUUUCCCAUGAUUCAGUUCAACAUUUCGGGGGGCUUGUCUGGUCAUCUCUUUUGCCUUGGGAAUCCUACAGUUUCCUUAUAGGCCUUCAAACCUCCUUCAAACCUGACUCUCCCCUAAAACCUUUUGGUAUGAUUUUUCCUGCUCUAGAGAAUGUUCUACAGUCUGUGUUUUAUAAUCAUUCUUUGCAUAGUAUUUAUUGAAUCUAGAUUCUAAGUUGUUUGGCAAUGAGACCAGGACUUGAAGUUUGUAAGUUGUAUUAGAUAUUAGAAAGAGCUACCAAAAUAUAUCUACAUUAUGUGAAUAAUCUACUCUAACAUUAUAAUAUUUAAAGAUCAAUGUUGCUGCUAUUUUUAAUGUUUUGGCUAUUCUAAGUAAAAAAAAAAAAAAAAAAAAAAAAAAAAAUAUAUAUAUAUAUAUAUAUAUAUAUAUGUUUAAAUUUGCAGAGUUGAAUAUGAAGAUUUCUCUUGCCUUCCAGAGUGUGAAUAUUAUACAUACAUAUAUAUAUAUUUUUGACAUAUUUCCUGAAAACAAAAAGACAGUCUUCUUUGUGAAUGUAAAGUGAAUGUCCUAUGUGUAUGUUACAGAUGUUUGUGUUAUUGUUUUUUACCAUUUUGAAAAGCAUAUUUCCCAUUCUGUGAGUUUUAAAUAGAUUGGUAUUGCAUUUUGGUAUUGUGCGGCUGGUAGAUGUUAAUUCUCUGGUAUUAUAAAAUAAAAAUGUGCUCCAAAAGCCGAAUCCCUGGAAUUUAUUUUUUUAAUGUUUAUUUAUUUUUGAGAGAGAGAGAGCGGAAGAUGGGCAGAGAGAGAAGGAGACAGAGGAUCUCAAGCAGCAUCUGUGCCGACCACAGAGAGCCCAAUGCCGAACUCUAACUCACAAACCACAAGAUCGUGACCUGAGCCAAAGUCAGAUGCUUAACCGCCUAGCCACCCAGGUGCCCCCAAGUCCCUGGAAUUUAUAUUUCCUUUCUCUGCCUGUGCUGGCUCCUCACAAAGACUCUUUCAGUUUAUGACACUUGCCCAGUAUUUGAAGAGCAAGUUAAUUUCACUCAGAGUAAAAGAAUUCAGCAUGUGGAUUAUACACAAAAUAUGGGCACACAAACUUGAGUUGUUUUCCAGGAUCUCUGUCUUCAUUCUCCUUCAGACUGACUUCUCCUCCAAGAUUAAUUAUCUAGACAAGUAUUCGUGUUUGCUUGAUGACUUUAUGGAUUUUAGUUCUUUUUUAAAUUUUUUUAAAUAUUUAUUCAUUUUUUGAGAGAGAGAGAGAAAGAGAGAGAGAGAGAGAGACAGAGCAUGAGUGGGGGAGGGGCAGAGAGAGAGGGAGACACAGAAUCCCAAGCAGGCUCCAGGGUCCGAGCGGUCAGCACAGAGCCUGACGCGGGGCUCAAACCCACAAACCGUGAGAUCAUGACCUGAGCCGAAGUCGAACGGUUAACCAACUGAGCCACCUAGGAGCCCUUGGAAGUUAGUUUUUAAUAUAAUAGGUUGAGGUUCUUCAUGUCAGGUUCUUCAGUUCCUGGAAAAUCAAGACGCUUUUUCUUUCUCUACCAGGACUCCUGCCUUGGUGUGAGUCCCCUUGACUGUGGUUCCACUAGGCCCUCAGGCUUGGUUGGCUGCCUAUUCCUGAUGAACUGCCCCUCUGUUCUGGAUAAUGCCAUUCCUAGCCCUACUAAGCUAAGGACUACUUGUUGUUGCUGAUUGCUAUGCCUUCCAACCACUCUGAAAAUCCCAGUGGCCAGUUUUCCUCUGUCACCCUUUCUAAAGCUGUAACCAUCACCAACCUCCCUAGCUGGCAAGGAGUAUAAAUGUCAUUGUCACAAAUCACAAUCUAGCUCAAGGAGUAAGGCCAUUUUGGGAAUUUUCUACAUAAUAAAAAUUAAAUCUACUCUUAA